GACACAGAGAUGGCAGCAAAGGAUAUCAGUAAGCUAUCAGGAGAAGCACAUCCAAUGACGGGUGGAGAUGGCCCCAACAGCUAUGCCAACAACUCCACGUACCAGAAAGAGGUUGCAGUUGCUGCCAAGGAACUUGUAGACAGGGCAAUUGUAGAAAAGCUCGACGUGAAAUUCUUGUUAUCAUCUUCCACCACCUUUCAGUUUGCAGAUCUGGGUUGCUCUAUAGGGCCUAAUACAUUUUUGUCUGUCGAAAACAUACUCCAAGCUGUGAAAUUCAAGUAUCAUAGCCAAGGGUGGCGAUGUUCCGAUCAAAUCCUUGAAUUUCAAGUUUUUUUCAGUGACCAUACUUCAAAUGACUUCAAUAUGCUUUUCAAAUCCCUCCCUAAGAACAGACAGUACUAUGCCGCGGGUGUGCCUGGUUCUUUUUAUGGUCGCCUAUUUCCUAAAGCGUCUAUUCAUAUCUUUCAUGCUUCUUAUGCCAUUCAUUGGCUUUCCAGAGUACCAAAAGAGGUAGCGGACAGAAACAGUCCAGCUUGGAAUAAAGGACGAAUCCAUUACCUAAAUUCGACAGAUGAAGUAAAAAGGGCUUUUGAAGCUCAAUAUGCUGAGGACGUGGAGUGCUUCCUGCAAGCCAGGGCAGAAGAGAUUGUGCGUGGAGGACUCAUGGUAUUUAUCAUUCCAGGCAUCCCUCAUGGAAUCCCUCAUUCAGAUGCUCUGGCAAAUGUAACCUAUCAGCUCUUAGAAUCUUGCCUCAUGGACAUGGUGAGGAAGGGGAUAGUUAGUGAAGAGAAAGUGGACUCGUUUAACAUACCUAUGUAUUACAUGUCUCCCCAAGAACUGGAAGGGUCUAUAGAACAAAAUGGAUGUUUUAGCAUAGAGAUGAUGGAAAUCUUAGCCUUGCCAAAUGGAACCGUUUCUAAUGCCCUAGUAUCUGCAUCUCAUAUUCGAGCUGCCAUGGAGGGAUUGCUCAAGCAGCAAUUCGGAGACGAAGUCUUAGAUGAGCUCUUUGAUUUGUAUCACAAGAAAUUUGAAGAACAACACUCCUCCACCAUUGAAGCGGGCAAGGCGAUUAACUUUCUUGUUGUGCUUAAACGAAAUUAG